AUGGCUCAAUACUAUCCCCAGCAGCAGCAGCAACAGCAGGGCUACCCGCCCCAGGCUAGCACCCAGAAUCUCCAGUUCUUCCCCUCGUCCUACGGUUCAGUCUCCGGCCACACAACCCCUUCACAAGCAUCUUAUGGCGCAGGCUUUGGUAGUGCCCCCAAUCCAUCGGCACAGGCUUAUCCCGGUGGUGGAUAUGGUGGAUUCGGAUCUCCUUCUGGUGGUGUGAGCGGGCGGAUGGGUGAACAGGGCGGAUUGCGGACAGGUUGGCUGGCUGCGUUUGGCACAGAGGGUUAUGAUGGCGAGCCUCCACUGUUGGAGGAGUUAGGUGUCAACUUUGAGCAUAUUCGCACCAAGGUGAGUUUGCUCGUGACGGUGCUGUUCCUGGGAGAAUGCGCCGGGUUCCUGAAGCAACAUUUUGGACUCCCUCCUUGGAGAUGUGGCUGUGUCUACUUUAGAAGAGACGAAACAAUUAUAGAGCGAGAUGCUAACUAG